GUAAAAUAGUUGACAAUCGCGCAGCCAUAUUGUAUUGAGUUUUACUACUCUGUCUUGAUGUGCCAUGAUUUAAUUACAACUCGUAUUUACAGUGGUGUUAUUUUGCGUGUGUUCGUCGAGCGGCCGUGGCGUUCGGCAGUGACUUGUGUCCGCCCAUCGAGUGCCAGUGCAGUGCGUUGGAGCCUGGCAUUAGCGGACUGUGGUUGAUAACAGGACCUUGAAACUGCGAUGGUCUGUGAGCUCCCUGGAAUGUGUGAGGUGUUGUGAGGCCCCGGCAAAGGCCACCCCCGAGUCCCGGCCCCGUUCAACGCCAAGUGGACCCUUGCCGAGGUUAAGCCCGGCCCUGUGCGCUGUGCUUGUGUGUGGACGCUGGGUUGGUCCGGGCACCGCAGCCCCGAGCCAGGUCGACCCAAUCCGAGCUGCGACUCCAGGCACCAGGCCGUUGGGGCAGCCCUAGGGCUGAGCAGUGCCCCUGGGUCUACUGCUGCUACUGCAGGCAUGCACUGUGACCUGUCCCCGAGGAGGCCCCCGCGGAUCCUCCCACCGGUGCAUGACGGUGAAGCACCGUGAACCACCACGCUGGUGACGGGCCGCUCGCUCGGCUCGGCCCGUGUGAGCUGCAGGACUGGGGUGGCGGUAAAAUGAACGCUGUCACCGGCAGCGGCAACCCCAAAAGCCCCCCGAAAAGACGGAAAAAAGUAACGGACAGCAAAUCCAACACCAACCAAUCACUAAGCAAGAAAGUGAAUGAAAAACACCGAAGAGAACAGGAGGGAUCCCACAUUGACGAGCUCGCCAAGUUAAGAAACAUCUCUGGUCGAGACAUCAAUGUUGGGGUGGUGAAGCCCGACAGGACUGCCAUCCUUAGUGGUGCCCUAGACGAAAUCCAGAGAAUUAAUGGGUCCUACAAUGCUGUACAGCAGGGUGAUGUAUCUUCCACAAACUCAAGGCCUCAUUACCAAGGCCAUGAUGUCAUCGGCUCACUUGUGGUAGAUGCCAUUGAUGAUGCCUUCGUGUUCAUUGUCAACAAAGAUGGGAAUGUGACAGAUGCCACAGAUGGUAUAGCAAAAUUCACCCACUACAUGAAAGAUGAAGUCGUAGGCCAAAGCAUCUAUAACUUCAUCCAUCAUGGCGACCAUGACCGAUUCUCUGCGAGGCUCUUCUCCCCCAUAGCAUCUUCGGGGAACAGUGGGUCUCAGCAAUUACAAGGGCAGCAAACGAAGAACAAGCUGUGCAUCCGCUUUCUGGUAAAGCCCGAUGAUCAAGAUGAGACUAUGGAAAAGAAGCAACAACGUGUCUCCGAGUAUGAGUACAUUAGUAUCACCUCAAGGUUGAUAUCGCAAGGUGGAGAUCCUGAGUCGUUAGACGCAUUGCUGUGUCUUGCGAAAAGAAUGCCACAAACCCCGAGGUUAUCUGAAGAAGUGUUUACCAUAAGAUUUAGUACUAAUCAAACAAUUUUGGAUAUUGACACUGGUAAUAUUGAUCCUUUUUACCAAUCUUAUAUUAAAAAGAGUUAUAGUGGAAAGACAGUUCAGGACUUAUGUCACCCCGCAGAUUUACCAAGGUUACUAGAACAUUUCAAAGAUACUAUUGCUAGUCCUAAUCGACAUUCUGCAAAGAUUCAGUAUCGUUUCAAAAUCGACAAUCCUGAAAAGUUUGUGAAAGUUGAUGUACAAUCUAUAUAUUUUGAAAACAAGAAUACAGAUCCUGACCUGCUAAACAAAGAUUUUAUAAAUUCUAUUCACACAAUCGUUCAGGACGAUUCAAAUUAUAAUAGUGUUGGUGUAGAGGGGGCGUCACCACGUGCUCUAGCAAUUGGACCAAACCCUAGUGGAAGUCCAGCCAGCACUGUUGGCGGUCCGCUCAUGUUCUCUACAAAUGUCAAUGGGCAGGUGCACCAACGAGCUAGUGCCUCAUUUACUCCAGCAUCAAAUGUGGACACAAUCAAUGCUAAUGCCUCUCCACCUUCAUUAAACUUCAAUUCAAAUAGUGAUAUGUUGAGUGAACUGUUUCCAAGUUCAAGUUGGAACCACCUGGACGGAGACGGAUCAUCUGCCACCCCUCAGACGCCUCGUCCUCCAAGCACGUCUGCUGCACCCAGUCCUUAUAAUAGUACUUUUAAUGAAUUUACACAAGAUGACAGCAAGGACUCAAAAGAGGGUUUAGUGGACAGUGGAAACGCUGGGGGUGAAUCAGGUCGGUUAAGAAACCUUCUUAGCCAGCCAACAAGUAGCAGUGGUGAUAAUGGUGAUAGUGGACUUGAUGAAGAAGCUCGUAGUAAAGAUCGCAUCCUUAUAGGUUUGUUAAAUCAAGAGGAUAGAGAGGAACGCAGCAGGAUGAGUCCAGCAGCUUCUACCCGAGAACAACCAAAAACUAAUAACAACAACAUGUUGCUCAAGUUGCUAAAUGUGAAGAAUAAUGAUGAUGAAGUGGAAGCAAGAGUGGGUAUUAAGAAGCCAAAUGAGCUCCUGCAGCAACUUUUAAAGGAGGACGAAGAUCGUAAGCCUGCAGAAGGUCAGGACACUAUUCUUAGUAGCCUAGGCCUUUUGUUGCACUCGCCGCAGGGAGCUGCAGGUCCCACUGGAGGACCUGCCUCUCUCAAUGCCACUCGCAAAAGGCCUAGUGACGAGUCCGAUGGUGACUUCCAUGGGCCUGUCAAGAGACCAGGUUCGGGUCCUGGUAUGAGUGGGCCGGGUGGCAUGGAACAUGUGAGUUCUUCUGGGCCUCCAGCAUCUGCCCCCGGACAAGGGGGCCCCGGGGGAACAAACAGCAGGUUGUGGGAAAAGAACAAAAUGCUGGCGAAUCUGCUGGCCAAACCACCUUCCCAACCAGCUGUGAUACCUCCUGUGCCAGCUUCCAUCAUCUCGGCUACACCUCAAGAUAAGCUCUCCAGGGUGGCAGAUAGGCAUAAACCACCACAAAAUGUUUGGUCAGGUGGAUCUAUCCAGCCUCCUUCCUCAACCGCAAAUACCUCUCAGCCACGCCUACCAGGCCAGGCGGCCAGACAAGCUCAAGCUGCGCAAAUUAGACAUAAUAUGAUGAGCCAUCAGGACCAGCAGCUUCAUCAGCAGCAGUUACAAAAGGCUCAAAUGCAAGCUCAGCAGCACCAACUGCAGCAGCAGCAGCUGCAACAACAGCAACAGCAGCAGCAGCAGCAGCAGUGGACUGGUGUUGGUGGUCCCGGUCCAGGAAGCGGUCCAGGAGGAGGGUCUGGGGGUUCUCAGGCUCCAGACUCUAACCUUUGGGGAGAAUCAUCCGACCCCUAUCUGUCAUUAAUUCUGGACUCAGUUAUUGACAUAGUUCCAGAUGGAGAAUCUACAUCUGUUGUCAAUGUCCUUGAUGAACUGUUAGACUCACAGCCUCAAGGCGGGUCAAACCCAGUCUCUGAACAAGAGAAGAGGGCUAUUAGUGCUAUCCAGAAAAGUCUAAUGCUGUGUGAGAAUGUUGUCAAAAGCCCUUCCUCACCAACCAUUGGACCUGGCACACCUCCCGCCUACAGUUCUCUCUCUGGGCAGUCCGGUUUUGCAGCUCCUCCCCCUGUGUAUCAGAGGCCGCAGCAAAGGUUUACAAUGCCUCAGCAGCAGCAACAGCAGCAGCAACAACAGCAGCAGCAGCAGCAGCAGCAGGCUGGAAUGAGACCAGCUGCACCUCAAUACCCUAUGCAAGGCAACGCUUUGGGAGCCCAGAGUAUGCAGAAUAUUCAAAGAAAUAAGUUGCUGCAUCAGCAGCAACAGAAACAGGCUCAACAGGAGCGGAAUAGGUUACUUCAGCAGCAACAGCAGCAGAUUGUCAUAUCUUCCAAUGCAACUAAUGACCAGUUGCAACCUGGUUUGCAGAAUAUAGGUAGUUUGCUCAAUGAUGCUGUGGCACCAAAUGUUACCUUACAAAGGUCGGCUAGCAUACCCGACUCCCAACUAUCCCCUAGUUAUAAUAAUCAAAUGCAGCAGAAUGCAGCAAUGCAGCAGAAUGCUGUAAUGCAGCAAAAUGCUGCAAUGCAACAAAAUGCAGCAAUGCAACAGAAUGCUGCAAUGCAACAAAAUGCUGCAAUGCAACAAAAUGCGGCAAUGCAGCAAAAUGCAGCAAUGCAGCAAAAUGUAGCAAUGCAACAGAAUGCUGCCCAGCGUUUGGGCCAGCCGUAUUCUCCUCAUGGCCAGCAGCAGCAAGGCUUCUCAUCUAUUGGUUUUGGGAAUGGAGCUCAAGGUCCCGGUGGCCUUCAAGGCCAAGGAGUUGGUGUGCAAGGUGGUGUUCAGGCUCCGCAGUCAAGGUUAUCCCCCUUACCUGCAAGCAGUAUAGCAUCAUUUCAACAGUCACAAUUGUCACCUCGCAUUGCGCAAGUCCAACAGCCUGGAUACCCAAACAUGGCUCAGCAGCAGGCUGGUUAUGUUGGAACUGGGAGAAUGUUCGUCAACCAAGUAAGAACGCCUCAGCAACAACAGCAAGCACAGCAGCAGCAGGUGCAGCAACAGCAGCAGCAACAACAACAGCAGCAAGCGCAACAGCAGCAACAACAAGCCCAGAUGGCGGGCUUGAGGUCAAUGCCUAGUCCUGGAACGCCUGGCUCAACGAGACAGUCACCAUUCCCCCCUGAUGGCUUCCAGCCACCGUCAUCACCAAAUGCAGCUUCUUACCAAUCUUACCAGCAGAGGUUGCUUCGCACUAUGAGUGCACCUAGUACCAACAAUCAACUUCCUGGUUCAGCAGGCUCUCAAUGGCAUUACGGGCUGAAGGACCACCCCCCCGACGUCCCCCUGUCCCAACCCCCACCCCAUCACCCCCUCCAUCACCAACAACACCCUUCCCAUCCCUCCCACCCUUCCCAACCAGCUCACCCCUCCCACCCUUCCCAGCACCCCUUCCAACAUCACCCCCCGCACCAUAUGAUGUACCCUCACCCCCACCCCCACCCUCCCUCCACCCCCGACUCGCAGUUCUUACCGUAUGAUCAGUCAAGUUUACAAAUGUAUGGGUCCAGCGACCGGGGCCCGCCAGGCCCGCCAGGCCGGCCAGGUCCCGGUACCGCCGCGCAGCCAACCGGCGCGAGAGCAGCUAAGCGACACGACGCCACGCCACGCAGUGGGCCAGGGGCCAGGGGACACUACCACCCGACGGACUCAGCACUGUACAUAGUCCAAGACCAACUAGGACUUCAAGACUUAAAAUGUGCGGGUAAUAACAAUAUGGCAGCAUCAGAGUUCGUGAAACAGGAACUCCGUGCUACUGUUGGUGCUCGAAUGCAGCAGCAGGGCAGCCCUAGAAACCCACAACAACACAUGGGAAUGACAAUGCAGCAGCAACAGCAACAACCUGAUCUCACCUCACUUGGCCUCAACUAUGAAAUGUCAUCAUCAGGUGGCAGUGGUGACGGACCAAAGGCGUGGGUUAAUUUAGGAGGCCCUGACAUGGGGGCUGUUUCACCUCAGUCUACCCUUGCCAGAAAUAACAUGGAAGAUCCGUCUCGAGCCGGUGGGGACCAGAAGUCAUCGUUAUUAGAGAAGCUGCUGUCUGAGUCUUGAGCAGCAGAACUGUUGGAUAGGGGCUUGCUCAUUGUGGAAGAAGACUGUGGAGUGCCCUCUUCAGCAUUCCGUGUUGUUAUUGCAGGGUUGUGUUGAGUGGCUAAGAAGAGUUCAGUUCCUCUGUUGCUCAAACUGUUUGAUUAGCUGCUGGGACAUUAUAUUAUUGUUUACUUGAAAGUGCAUUGAUUAAGAAGUUACUUGUUUUUAUUUCUAAAAUUUAUGAUGUUUUUUAAGUAACCUAAGCAUAAUGUAUGUAAAAAUUAAAUUUGCAUAAUAUUAUUGUUUUUAAUAUUUGUAUACCAAAAGAGAAUGACAAGAUACUCAAGACAUGUUGAUGCCACAAGUCAGUGUUGUGGCGUUGGCUUGGGCAAGUGUUGUGCGUAGUGUUGCGGAGAGAAUGGUACGAGCGCCUCUGGAGGAGCUACUCUAGCCAGAACUCCAAAUGGUUGCAGUGGGUUGGUCAGAGGCGUCCAUACCACUUGUGAUAUGCUCUGUGAAUGUAAAAUCAACUUCUUAAAUGACUUUUAAUGCUACACUUUUUUAUUAUUUUUUUAUCUUUACUACAUCCAAGCGUUGAGGUGAAAUUAUGUGAACAAACCUAUUUUUAAAAAUCGCUAAUUAAAAAGAAUAUAUUUAAGUAUUUAUACAUUACCUGACGGAGCGCAGGCCAGGCAGCCUUGGGGACCAGUCGAGUGGCUAGUGAGUUUUGAAUAUAGAUGGAACCGAGCGGAAUGGAGCUAAGGCUGAUAUUGUUGUGUAGUUUCCACCCCCUCGUCCUGCCCGUGCCCAGGACGUGUCAAUUAGCCAGCCCAGACUGGGCUUCACAGACUGCACCACUUUGUUUGUUGUGCUCAAAAUAGUUGCCGACUCACUUAUAUUUCAAUGUUUCAAAUUGAGAGGUAUAUAACUUUUGUAUGUAUUAAAUUCUAUUAGAUGUGAAUGAGAUUCUAUUAGAAAUUACGCAGGUCAGGUGAACCAAGAAGAUGAGAUGAAAUUUAAAUUUUGUGACAAUUUUUUCCCUAUACAACUAGAUGGAUUAUUGUAAUUCUAUUUUGCUAAAUAUAGGUGUGUGCAGUCUGUGGCCCAUAUGGGAGAAAUGCUGCCAAACAGUUCCAUUUCAACCUCAAACCAUUGUAGUUUUUGUAAAAGCAAUUAUUUUGACUGAUAAAUAGCACUAUAGCUUCUUAUUCUUGUGUAUUUUCUGUAGUUCAGCGCCUUUGGAUCAAGAAACUAAAAUUUUAAUUAUUGUUAUUGCAAAAGUACUAUUUUUACAAUUCUAAAUUGACGACAUUCUGGAAUUUUGAGCACAGUCAUUUUAUUAGUCCAAUAUUUGCAGAAAUUUGAGAUAUUUACAUAUUACUUAUAUUAUAUAUAUAGAUGUUUAAUAAAAAUAUAUAUAUUGAUAUAUAUUUUUAUGUACAGAAAGCAAAAUUUGUUAAAUCUGUUUAAAUAAUUUUGUUAUACUGGGUUUCUCACUCAGCAAGAUAGUUGAUCAGCCAGUCUGUGUGGUGUAAGAUGAGAGAUAGCUGUGUGAUUAUCAUCUUGUUGGUAUUUAUAUUGUAAUUAUAGAAGCAUUGGAAUGAAUCACAGCUGUCCUCUCAUUUUAAUCUCAUGCAGGUCCAUUCCGUUGAGAAUGCAGCCGCGUGUUAAAGAAAACUGCAUUUCUCUCAAAGUAUUGCACCUAUUUAUGUUUAAUUAAAGUAUAUGUUGUUGGAGAAGUUAAAUUUUAUUGUUUCUCUUUUAAAGUGUUUGGUUUCUCCUUUGUUACUCUGUCUUGCAUGUAGCUUUUGUAGUCUUCCAAUCCUUGGUUUGUUGCGGGUCUGGGUGGUGUUGGGCGCUGCGCUGCUCUGCGCCGCUCUGCGCUGCGCGGCGUUUCAUUGUGUUAGCAUAGAGUCCUGCACCGCUAGCCGCUAGUCGGACAGGCGCCGCCCGCCGUUUGUUACUGAUUGUUCUCCCUGCUCCAUUGCUGUUCAUAUGUGAUGAUGAAGUACAAAACUAACGUGUUAUCAUUGUGUUACAUAGGCACACUUGUUUUGUUUAAUUAUUUUUUCAAUCAUACGUACAUGGAAAAUGUGGGAUAUUGCCCCCAUCUUGUUUUAUAAGUACAGUAAAAGAAAUGAUGGAAUAAUGCUUUCACAGCAUUUAAUGUGUAACGGAGAGUGAAUGGAUGGUGUUGAACUCUUUAUUGUGGCUGAUGAGGUGUGUGGAUCAGUGAGUGCAUCUUAUUUUGUGUGAAUGAAUUAUGUUUGUGAUUGUUAAUGUCUGUGAGUCACCAAAUGAAAUCAGUUACAGUUGUGCGGUUGUGACAGUCAGUGUGUGUUUGUGUGUGUGACUCUGUGUGUCUGUGUCUGAAUAUCCGAAUGUGAGAGCAAUUUGUUACUGGAUGAAAGACAAUGUGAUGAAUGAAUGGAAACUGAUAAGAGUGACUUGUGAUGUGCAAUUGCUGUGAUUGGUCAUAAAAAAGGUGAACCUUUUCACGCUGAUUGCACAGAUAAACCAUGUGUAGCAUUGUUAUAAACCAAAGCAUGUCAGUGUAAAUUAUGUACAGAUUGUUUCACUUUUUUUUACGUCCGAGAUGGUAGGUGGUUGGAUUUUUACAAGGAAAUAUUGUUUUGUUUCAUGUGGGAACUUGAAGAAAUUUUAUGAGACAACGCUCUGUUUUGUUUGUUAAGCAGCAGAACAGAUAGGACAAGAUAACAGUUGGACUUAUUGUGUAUAAAUGAAAGUUUAGUGAUAUGCCCACAUUAUUGUAAAGUGACUUUAAAGAUAUUUUUGUAAAGAUAUUGCGUGGAUCCAACCCCAGCUGCUGUUCCCUCUCCGCUGUGGCUGUGUUACUUUUGCAAGCUACAAUUGUAAAGAAAGAAAUGUGAGAGAUAAAGAGAAAGCUAAUUGUAUUAUCUUUGUGUAUAAUAAUUAUUGAUUUUUAAUAAAUUACAAAAACUGUGUUCCCAAA